AUGUCAACCGCUCUCAUCGAGUUGGAAGGUGUCAACCACCUCAACAAGGGCAAGCAAAGCCCCAUCGUUGUCCAUCUGUGCAGCUACUGGACCAGGAAGAUGAUCUUCAACGGGAAGAGAAAGCUGAAGGGUUCUGGCAUCACCAUUUGCAAGGAUCUGACUAAGGAGCGUCUCAAGAUCCUCAACGCUGCGGCCGACCAACAUGGGCACAGAAAUGUCUGGUCAUCUGAUGGGAGGAUCAAGAUCUCUAUCGGCAAGGGAGGAUCCAAGAGGGUCCACACUGUCGAGAGGAUGACUGACCUCCUAAAACUAAAGGCUCUGUACAUCAUCACAUAAUGUGAUGGAAGUGAGGAGAGAGAAGAAGGAGAUGUAUAGGAGGAGAAGCUUAACAUAUGGAGUAUAAAAUUGUAAAUAUUGUACCAAAAAUAUUAUUUUGUUUUUUAUUAUAAUUAAAAGUAUGAAAUUGUAAGUACUACUGUAACAAAAAUAUUAGUUUGUCAUUUUAUUAUAGUUUUUAAUCAACUUGA